AUGUUUGCCAAAACUACUCUCGUGAGCGCGUUGCUCAGCGCUGCAUCUGCUGAAAUCAUCUGGGAUGGCCGCUUCAACGACAUGACCUCCUCUUCCGAGCUCUCCGACUGGUCCUUCUCCAACCCCGUCGGCAGCUACCAAUACUACAUCCACGGCUCCGGACCCGUCACCGACUACGUAAACCUCGAUGCCACCUACAAGAACCCCGCCGACACAGCGUCGAAGCAAGGUGUUAAGAUCACCAUCGACGAGACCGCGAAGUGGAACGGCCAGACCAUGCUGCGCACUGAACUCAUCCCCCAGACCAAGGCUGCCAUCAACAAGGGCAAGGUCUACUACCACUUCUCCGUCAAGACCACGGCUGAGAACGCCCCUACUGCCACCAACGAGCACCAGGUUGCUUUCUUUGAGAGCCACUUCACCGAGCUGAAGUAUGGUGCGUCUGGAUCUUCCAACACCAACCUGCAAUGGCACGUUGGUGGCGUCUCCAAGUGGGACGUUGAGCUCGUCGCCGACGAGUGGCACAACGUUGCUUACGAAAUCGACUUCGAUGCUGGUUCCGUCUCGUUCUGGCACUCCACCGGUGCUGAUGAGUUGAAGCAGACCGCUGGUCCGUUCGACGCGAGCACCCAAUCCAACGGUGCUGAUUGGCAUCUUGGUGUCCUAAGGCUUCCAGGUAACGCCGACAAGGACGGUGCUGAGGAUUGGUUCUUCAGCGGUGUAUACAUUGAGGAUGGUGAGCUCACUACCAAGGUUGGCAGUGGAGCUGCCGGCGCAGCCCCGGAGAAGCCUGCUGCCAGUGCCGCCGCACCUUCCAAGGUCGCGUCCUCUGCUGCCCCUGCUGCUACUUCUUCCAAGGCUGCUGUUGCUCCAGUCUCUUCCAGCGCCGCCGCUGUUGAGACUCCCGUCGCUUCUUCCACUGCUGCUCCCGUCGAGACUCCGGCUGCUUCCUCUUCCGCCGCCGCUAUCUCUAGCGCCGCUCCCGUUGAGACUCCCGCUGCUUCUUCGACCUCUGCUGCCGCUCCCGUCGCUACUCCUACUACUGGAGCUGGUUCUGACGCAAAGCUUCCUGAGGAGUUCACCAUCAGCCAGUUCGUCGCUUGGCUCAAGGCCAAGACUGGCAAGAACUAA